AUGACAGAGCAGCUGGUUGGAGACAUAGUGGAGGAGACCAACCGCUAUGCACUGGAGCUGCAGGAGAAGACAGAGCCAGGAGUAAGGGGAAAGCUUGUCAAGUGGGUGUCAACAACUGUUAAUGAAAUGUAUACCUUCUUGGUGGCUGUCCUCCUCAUGGGAAUAGUGAGGAAGAACUCCCUGAGGGAAUAUUGGAGUUCAGAUCCCAUGUUUGCUACACCCUUCUUUGCAACACUCUUUUCCCAAGACCGCUUCUUAGUCCUCCUACGAUGCCUGCACUUUGCCAAUAACGCCACAGUAAACCUCCAAGAUCCCUUGCACAAAAUAAGGAGAGUUCUAUCAGGACUGACAAAAACAUUUGGUCAGGUCUUUGUCCCCUACAAAGAUCUGUGCAUCGACGAAUCCCUAAUGCUGUGGAAGGGUAGGUUGUCCUUUCGACAAUAUAUUCCCUCCAAAAGACACAGGUUCAGGGUCAAAUUCUUUCUUCUGUGUGAUGUCAAGACAGGAUUUGUUCAGGACAUUAUAAUAUACACAGGGUCCACUACUGACAUCCAGCAUUAUGAGGGUCUUGGUGUGUCUGGAUCAGUGGUAAUGACCAUGUUGGCUCCUCACCUUGGCAAGGGCCACACACUUUAUGUGGACAACUGGUACAGCAGUCCAACUCUGUUUCAACAUCGCUUGUCUAACAACACUGGGGCCUGUGGCACACUCAGGAGUAACAGGAAGGGGAUGCCAAGAUUCAGCAGCAGGAAGAUGCAGAAAGGGGAGGUUGAAUUCUUGGACAAUGGGAAACAGUUAGCUGUGAAGUGACAUGACAAGAGGGAUGUUCAUGUCCUUUCCAGUGUCCAUACUGCCACCAUGUCAGAAACCGGAAGGGUCGACCACC